GAGGAACGAUGGAAGGCAAUUCCACAGCUGGGUCCUUCACCCCUUUGCAGCAGUUCAGCGUUGCUGAUCUUGUGGUCAUAGUGACUUACUUUUCCUUAAACCUUGCUGUGGGAAUAUGGGCUGGGUUCUUGGUUUCUUGUCUGGGUUUGCAGGGAAAGUGUUGCGUGCUGAUGAUUUCUCCUCCCAGUCUUCAUGCAGGGUGAACAGGAACACGGUCAGCGGCUAUUUCCUUGCUGGCAGAGACAUGGCAUGGUGGCCAAUCGGAGCCUCUCUGUUUGCCAGCAGUGAGGGCUCAGGGCUCUUUAUUGGACUGGCUGGGACCGGUGCUGCUGGGGGAAUCGCUGUCACUGGCUUUGAGUGGAAUGCGACGUACGCACUGCUGGCACUGGCCUGGGUCUUCGUCCCAGUCUACAUCUCCUCUGGGAUCGUCACCAUGCCUGAGUACCUGCAAAGAAGGUUUGGAGGCGAGAGGAUCCGGAUGUACCUCUCUGGGCUGUCACUCCUGCUGUCCAUCUUCACCAAAAUCUCUACCGACCUGUACUCAGGGGCUCUGUUUGUGCAAGUCUGCCUGGGCUGGAACCUCUACCUCUCCACCGUUCUGAUGCUGCUGGUGACAGGGCUCUACACCAUCGCAGGGGGGCUGGUGGCCGUCAUCUACACCGAUGCGCUGCAGACGCUCAUCAUGGUCCUCGGAGCCAUCGUGCUGGCGGUGAAAGCUUUUAAUGCAAUCGGAGGUUACUCCAACCUGGAAGAGGCCUAUCUAAAAGCUGUGCCGUCCAAGAUCGUUCCCAACACGACCUGCCACCUGCCCAGAGCGGAUGCCAUGCACCUCUUCCGAGACCCAAUCUCUGGAGAUCUGCCCUGGACAGGGAUGACGUUUGGGCUGUCCAUCAUGGCCACGUGGUACUGGUGCACUGACCAGGUCAUCGUGCAGCGGUCACUCUCUGCAAGGAGCCUGAGCCAUGCCAAGGCCGGCUCCAUCCUGGCCAGCUACCUGAAGAUGCUGCCCCUGUUUGUCAUCAUCAUGCCGGGGAUGAUCAGCAGGGUCCUGUUCCCAGGCCUAAUGAUGCAGCAGGGUGUGACGCUGGGCUCUGCUGGGUUGUGCUGUCCGAGCUCUGCCGGGGUGCACCAAGGGGUGUUCAGUGUGCAGCACCCAGACACUGCUCUGCCCUCGGGAGCAUCCUCCAGCCUUACAGAUGCCGUGGCCUGCGUGGACCCCGAGGAGUGCACCCGCGUGUGUGGGGCUGCAGUGGGCUGCUCCAACAUCGCCUACCCCAAGCUGGUGGUGGAGCUGAUGCCCAGCGGGCUGCGGGGUCUGAUGAUUGCAGUGAUGAUGGCCGCACUCAUGUCCUCCCUCACCUCCAUCUUCAACAGCAGCAGCACUCUCUUCACCAUGGACAUCUGGAGGAGGAUGAGGCCAGGGGCCAGUGAGCGUGAGCUGCUCAUGGUGGGCAGGGUGGUGACGGUGCUGCUGGUGGCCCUGAGCGUGGUGUGGAUCCCCAUCCUGCAGAGCUCUGGCGGCGGGCAGCUCUACAUCUACAUCCAGGCUGUCACCAGCUACCUGGCUCCUCCUGUCACUGCCGUCUUCAUCCUGGCCGUCUUCUGGCCCCGCGCUAACGAGCAGGGAGCCUUCUGGGGUCUGAUGGCGGGGCUGGCUCUGGGGCUGGCCAGGAUGGGGCUGGAGUUGGCACACCCCACGCCUCGCUGCGGGGUCCCCGACAGGCGGCCCUGGCUGCUGGCUGACCUGCACUACCUGCACUUCGCUGCACUGCUGUGUGCUACCGCGGGGGCUGUCGUGGUGGGGGGCAGCCUGAUGACUCCCCCACCACCCUCAGACAGGCUGCGGAAUCACACUUGGUGGAGCCUUUCCCAGGAGCCCCCCCAGCACUCCAUGGACGGCACAUCACAGAGAUACCUGGAUGGCUCUUGUGCAGCUGCCCCGGAUAGCUGGCAGACAACUGAAGGACUCCCAGCCCUGCGAGACACCACUGAGUCCCCUUUCUGGACCCGGGUCUGCAGCAUCAACGCCAUUGUCCUGCUGUGCAUCAAUAUUUUCUGCUAUGCUUACUUUGCCUAGCCCUCUGUCAGCCCCUAGGAAGAGAGGAAUAGGUGGAAAAAUGGGGAUUCAGGUGAUUAUUUUUGGUCAGGUUAGGGAUAGUGGAAGCUUGAAGUCAUUGGUGCAAUGAGCCGUGUAUUCUCGGGGCUGCAGACCUGGCUGUGUCCUGGGGGACUGUGAGAGAGGGGGACAAUGGUGGGGACAGUGAGACUUUGGGG